UGUACGGUACGGGGAUUAGGAACAACCGUGUAGAACAUCUUCCACUUCUGAUUUGUCGCAAAAUAACAAUCAAACUUACCAUUGGCAUUCCAGGAAUACAAAUGGAUGAUUCCGACGAAGAAAGAACCAACGCUCAGGUACAUCAGAAUCAGCCUUACGACGAAUCUCUUGACGUCCCAGACGAGGAAGAAAUUGCUAGCGUAUACUCACCAACACCUCGUGUCACACAAACAGGGGCUCGCCUGGGUGUACCAGGUCGAGGGAGGCCGCAAGGUAAUAUACAUGCACGCACAAUACUAUUCUGUUGUUAUGCAUGCUUAGACAUUUUGUUCAUUUCAUCAUAUCAUAAUAACUUGAAUCUAUAUGAUGAUGACGACGAUGGAGAAGCUGUUGCUUUGGAAGGAGCUUAUGAUCCAGCAGAUUAUGAGAACCUGCCUGUAUCUCCAGAAAUAAAGGAAUUGUUCCAGUAUAUAACAAGGUACACACCACAGUCAAUUGAACUUGAACACAAAUUAAAGCCUUUUAUCCCAGACUUUAUACCUGCAGUUGGUGAUAUUGAUGCUUUCAUUAAGAUAAACCGUCCAGACCAGAAGCCAGACACACUUGGUUUGACAGUGUUAGAUGAACCGUGUGCCAAGCAGUCAGAUCCAGUUGUCCUCGACCUACAGCUGAGAGCCAUCUCAAAACAGACUACAGACAAAAAACUGAUAGUGAAAAGUUUAUCUGAGGCGGAGAAGAAUCCCAAGCAGAUAGACGGUUGGAUUGAAAGUAUCCGAGAAUUACACAGAGUGAAACCUCCACCUAACGUCCAUUAUCUCAAAAACAUGCCAGACAUAGAUACAUUGAUGCAGGAAUGGCCACCAGAAUUUGAAGAAAUGUUGAAAGAGGUUGGUUUACCUACAGCAGACUUAGAUUGUGAUUUGGGAGAGUACGUAGAGCUGAUCUGUGCUAUAUUAGACAUUCCUAUUUACAAGAAUACAAACCACCACAAUGAGAAGGUUCAAGCGUUACAUGUAUUGUUUACACUGUACUCAGAGUUCAAAAAUUCACAGCAUUUCAAAGCACUUGCUGAGGACAAUAAACUGGACAAUGCAUUGAAGACAGAUUAUCAUGAGGAUCAAGGUCCAGACAGAUUUGUGCUGUGAAGGAGUAAUUUAUUGUAGAUCUCAGUGUUUAAUUAACAUUGUAAAAACUCGACGAAUUAAAUCCCAGAACAGAUAUUUUUCAUAUCUGCGAAAACAAAGGUGGCUUUAUAAAUUAGUAUCACUAUUAUUCUGUUAUCAGAUGUCACUUUUCUCAACUUUUUCUCAGUUGACUAAUAUGUGAAUCUGGAUAUUCUACUGUAGGUUUUCAUCUAUUAAAGAUAAAGCAAAAUCUUGUUCAUAUCAUUCUGGUAACAGUUUAAAAAUUACUUAUAUGAUUAUCAUUUAUUUUUUUACCAUGCUUUUUUUAUGUUACAAGACUUGCGGAAACUUUAAAAAAGUGUAAAAUGUGUAAGAAUAAAGCACCCUGAGGUGUCACACUAAUAAACACAUAUUGGAAUUAUUGCCCAUGUAUAUACUUUUAUAAUUAUUUAUUACAUUCUGUAUAUGUAACAAGGUGCAGAAAUAAAAUAUUUUAAGCAUUCGUACUUUUUGAUCUACACUGAACUGUGUAGACACCUUCAUAAGAUUAAGAACAUUGUUACAUAUGUCUUGAAUUUUGAAAGUGAAAUAAAUGAUCUUAUUAUAAAACCGA